AUGUCACACUCGCUACCCUCUGCAGCUCUCCCCCUCGUACCAGGCGCCAUCGUGGCGUCUGUCGGACUGUUCGGCAGCAUCAUCUUGCAAGUCGCUGGUCCCAUCCCGCUCGCGCUCGAGAAAUUAGGCGAGACCGGCUUCAACCCCGCGACGCGCGUCCGCAUCUUUGCCCUCUGCUUCAACCGUGCCGCUCCCAUCAUGAUUGUGACUGGCUUCCUCGGCGCCUCACUCGCUCUCUUCCCCACCUUUGCCUACCCCAACCCAAUCUCCAAACCCUACCUCCGCACCGCCGCAGUCGCCUUUCUGUCCAUCACCCCUUACACCCUGAUGUCGCUCCUCGAUAUCAACAAGGAGCUCCUCGCCUUGAAUCGCGCCGUUUCCGUCGGCAAAGCGGGCGAUUUGAGCUUGCCAACGGCCGAUGGGAAGCGGGCGGUUGAGCUCAUGCAUACCUGGUCAUUCUGGGCGGGCUGGCGGACGGCAUUCUUUGCAGUGGGUUGGGUCGGUAUGGUCAUGGGGCUCGGCAAGGAACUGAGAGUGAUAUAA